UAAAGCGUCGGAGGAGAUUUCACGUGGGUACGCAGAAGAGGUAACGUUUCCUACUUGGUGGCGUUUGAGGGAAACUUGUAGCGAUGGGGAAACGUAGGAGCCGGAGCCGAAGCCAGAGCCAGGUACUGAGUAACCUCAGUAAGAAGCAGAAGAAGCACCUGCGGGACUUUGGUGAGGAGCACCCGUUCUACGACAGAGUUUCUGGAAAAGAAGCAAAACCUCAAAUCUGCAAGCUGUCAGAGAAUUCAGAUCAUUCAGAUUCAGAGAGUGAUUCAGACAGUGAACCAGAAAAGAUCUCUGAAUACCACAAGUUACUUGCCACCCUGAAAAAUGUUUCAGAGGAGGAGGAGGAGGAGGAGGAAGAGGCAGAAGUGGACAGUGAAGAAGCCCAAAGUGACAGCAGUUUGGAAGAGGAAGAAGAAGAGGGGGAGGAAGUAUGGGAAGGAAAAAAGGGAGGAAAGAAGGCCCAUGUGGCCCCAUCUGGCCCUGAGGAUAAAGAUGGGCAAGCACCUUCUCAACAGAGCGCUGCUGAGGAUGAAUUCACUGAUCUGAACCAUGAAUCAGAAUUCAGCCUGGAAACCAAUUUCCUAGAGGAGGAGAGUGGAGACCAUAAGGCCCUUCAGAAGGCUGGUGCCUCUGCAGUGAAAGCCUCAGAAGAUCCAUUUCUACAACACAUGAACAAAGAACUGAAAGAAAAAGAAAUCCAGGCUGUCACCACAAACCCCAAAAUUACCCAGCAGCUGAAAUGGCCAACUAUGGGUCAACUCAUCUUUUCAACCCAGUUUCGUACUCUGGAGACUUUUAAACCUCCAAAGGACAUUGAUUUGAUGACUCUCUGUCUCCAAAAGCCCUUGUAUUCCACAUGGCCCAAAACAAACAGCCAGUUCCUCUCUGGCCCCCCCAAACCAAGUGGGCCCUUCUCCCCUCUACAGAAAGAGCUAUUCUCAAUUAUGAACUCAUACCGGGACUUGUUAUACCCAGAAAGGACAGCGUUGGGGAACGGGGAAGAGAUCCGUCAUAUAUACUGCCUACAUGCCAUGAAUCAUGUUCUUAAAGCCAAUUCACAGGUGCUUAGCAAUAACAGCAAACGUCGAGAUAAGAAACCAAAGGCAGCUGAUGAUGAUGAUGAAUUCAGGGACCAGGGGCUCACUCGACCCAAGGUGUUAAUUGUUGUUCCUUUCCGGGAGGCUGCUCUUCGAGUGGUCCAGCUCUUCAUCAGUCUCCUGGAGGCAGGGAGCAAGAAGAAAAUAGAUGUGAGUAACAAAAAACGGUUCAAGGGAGAAUAUGGGUCUGACCCAGAUGAGAGACCUCCCAAUCUGAAGAGACCUGAGGAUUAUGAUGCUGUGUUUGCUGGCAACAUUGAUGACCACUUCCGGAUAGGAGUUGCAGUUCUUCAGCGAGGUAUCCGACUUUAUGCUCCAUUUUACUCCUCGGAUAUUCUCAUUGCCUCCCCUCUUGGCUUGAGGACCAUUAUUGGUGCAGAAGGAGAAAAGAAGAGGGACUUUGACUUCUUAUCAAGCAUAGAGAUUCUCAUCAUUGACCAAGUUGACAUUUAUCUGAUGCAGAAUUGGGAGCAUGUCCUGCAUUUGAUGAAUCAUAUGAACUUACUUCCCCUGGACUCUCACGGGGUGGACUUCUCUCGAGUGCGCAUGUGGAGCCUGAAUAACUGGGCCAAGUAUUACCGACAGACACUGCUGUUUGGUGCCUUGCAAGAGGCCCAGAUCAACUCAGUCUUCAGCAAGUACUGUGUCAAUUACCAAGGGCAGGUAGCUGUGAGAAGCAUCCCAAUGACUGGCUCCAUUAGUCAGGUCCUGGUGCAGCUCCCACACGUCUUCCAGAGACUAGAAGCUGAAAACCUCCUUUCUGUAAUAGAUGCCAGGUUUCAUUUCUUCGUGGAUAAGAUCUUACCUCAGUAUCAAGAUGCAGUCAUGUCUCACACUCUCAUCUAUGUCCCAUCCUACUUUGACUUUGUGCGGCUCCGAAAUUAUUUCAAAAGGGAAGAGUUAAAUUUCACCCACAUCUGUGAAUAUACUGAAAGGUCUGGUGUCUCUAGGGCCAGACACUUCUUCCUCCAAGGAGAACGUCAGUUUCUGCUUUUUACAGAACGCUUCCACUUCUAUAAAAGGUACACGAUAAAGGGCAUCAGGAAUCUCAUCUUCUAUGAAUUGCCAACCUAUCCCCAUUUCUACAGUGAAGUCUGUAACAUGCUGAAAGCCACUGGUGGUGGGGAGGAAGCUACGUGGACCUGCACUGUCUUGUAUUCAAAGUAUGACGCCCAGAGACUGGCAGCCGUGGUUGGCGUGGAGCGGGCAGCCCAGAUGCUUCAGUCCAGAAAGAAUGUUCACCUCUUUAUUACUGGAGAAAAAUGAGUUGGACCCUGGAGACUAGGGAAUGGGAUUAUGUAACCUGGUGCUGAAUGGGUGUGGUUCUAAGAGGCUGAUGCUGAGGAACCUCUGGCAACAUCACUCGUGCCUGGAUACAUCUAAAACAUGUCUAAGGCUGUGCCUGAAAAGUUUGUGUAAUUGCAUUUUUGUAAAAUCUAUUUUAAAUAUUGGAGGGGUGGGGAGUGGGGAUAGAGGAACACAAGUUGGGACACUCACAUUUAAAAGAACUAUACAGUGGGAUCUUUCUGUAAGUAACAGACUGUUUUUGUAAUCACUCCCAAUUUAAUUUAAGUUGGUAAGUUUAUACAUUUUGUCUGUCAGAUUGUUACAAAGCAGGGCAUACUUAUAAUUGGUUGUGCCAGUCAGAGAUGAAGCACAAAGUAGCUGGGGGUGGAUAACCUCUUGUUGCUGUGUGUGAGCCUGCAGUUAGAGCUCCAGGCCUAGCAUCAGGAAGACCUAAAUUCAAAUCCUAAGCAAGUCACUUAUUCUCUGCCUGCCUCAGUUUCCUCAUUUUAAUUUUAAUUUUUUAUUUUUGUAGGGCAAUGAGGGUUAAAUGACUUGCCCAGG